AAAUAACAGAAAAGAAAUCUGCAAUGAUGGCGCAAGUUAGUGCUAAAAAACAAACUGUUAUAAUUCUGGAACAAGAACUAGCAAGCACAAGAAAAAACGAUUACGUUUGUUAACAGAUGUAACUGAAAAAAAUGAAAGACUUUUCUAAAUUAAUCAAUGGAAUUGAAACAAUGUCACAAACAAAAUGUGAAUUAGAAGAGUCUUCUGAAAAUUUGAAGGAAAAGAUUGAAAUUCUGGAACGUGAACGAGCUGAAAUAAAUAACAAAAUAAAUAAUUUUGUUAAAGAAAUGGAGAGGGAACGCAAUUCAUACAAGCUUAAAUAUGAUGCAUUAAAUAAAGAAAUUGACAGUAUGAUAAAACAAUCCAGUUAUCAAUCCGAAACUAUAAAGUCGUUAGAAUUUGAGAUUGACAAAUGUAAUUUGCAUAAGAGUAAAUUGGAAAUUGAUGUAAUUACUAUUAUGAAGGAUUUUGAAUUUGCCAAGAAUGCCUUAAACGAAUUACAAAAUAAUUUCCAUUCGGAAACUAUUAAAAAUCUUAUGCCUGAUAUGCAGAAUGGACAUUGAGAUUAUUAAUAUUUUUUGUAAUUUUGACUUUUUCAUGUGUAUAUGUCUGUUUUGAUUCUGUUGUAUUUAAUAAAAGUUUAAAAGUAUGAUAGUCAUUUUUUGAAACUUUAUGCUUCGCUUAAUUUACUUUACUCUUAAUUAUUAAGUGUAGACUGUAAAAUGAGAAAUGUUAAACAUUAUUCUAGUGUUAUAAUUAUGCUGUUAUAUUAUUGCAUUUCAAAUUUCAAUUGUAAAAUUCUACAAAGAAAAAAUUAUAAUCUAUAAAUAGGAUAAUUAUUUAUUAAAUUUUUUGAAAAAUGUUAACAAUAUUUUUUAUAUAAUAAAAUAUACACAUUUUAAAAAUAUAGUAUAAA